AGAGGCGGGACAUCCGGCUGAGCGUGGGCGGGAUGACCCUCGAGCGUCCUUCUCAGGCGGCUGAGUGAGGAAGGCUAGCCAAGAUGGGGAGGCAGGGCGAGGAAGUGGAGGAAGGCCGGACUGGGGACCCCGAGGAGGAGGAGGAGGAAGAAGAGCUUGUGGAUCCUUUAACUACUAUCAGGGAACACUGUGAACAGACAGAAAAAUGUGUGAAAGCCAGGGAACGUCUAGAGGAGUGCGAUGCUCGAGUGUCCUCCAGGUCCAAGACAGAAGAACAGUGUACAGAGGAGCUCUUUGACUUUUUGCAUGCUAGAGAUCAUUGUGUGGCUCACAAACUCUUCCCAAAAUUGAAGUAAAUGUUCACAAGUCUAUCUUCUCCUACUUCAUACUUGAGCAUGUUCUGUUUGAAUAGACAUGCUGCUCUACAUCUGUGGCUAAAGAAGAAUGGAACUUGGUCCAAUGUAGAUGUUGCCAUCAGGAUACCAUCUGUGUUCUGUGGAUAAUUUACAGCUGCUAAUAAAAUAAUUCUGUAGAUUUCCUUAUUAAACAUAUUUCUUGUGACAUGUGAAAA